CAGCGGGCUCAUCAGAGAAAGAUAUGUUUCCUUCUUCACAUAAUUGCAAAAUUAAAGUGAUAUGUGUAUUUCACAUAAUGUUUCAAUAAAAUUACAGGUCAACACAUCACAUGUGAUGUUUUAUUGAAUACAGCAGAGCGUAGCUAUGAACCGCUCAGUGAUUGGUCAGAAAGACAGACUCAGCAAGCCUCCCUUCAACUUUUUUUGUAACCAUGUUAGAGAUACAUAGUUCUACCUGACAACAGCAAUUAACUUAAUUCGGAUUGGAUUCAAGCCUCCUUUGAUGGCUGCUUUGAUCUCACACAGAAAGGUCAGCCAUGACAUAAGUCGAGGCAACACCCGGCAAUGACCUGAAAAAAUUGCACUACUUCAGCUUAUUCCCGCUUACCAUUGCUGAAUUAAAAAAAAAAAAAAUAACAACGGAAGAUAAAGAGGCAAAUCAAAUGGAAGGUGGACAUGCCAAAAGGACUUCCGUUAAAAAAGGAGUUGAUGCCAUGAUGGAAGAUGGAGCCCAAAAGGAAAGUGACAAAAACCAGUCAGGACCACGGAUGACCAAGAGAUUCCUCAAAGACCUCUGUAAGCAGCACAAACUAUACACAACUCCUUGCCUCAACGACACACUGUAUCUGCAUUUCAAAGGCUUCUCCGCCAUUGAGAACCUGGAGGAGUUCACGGGUCUGAAGUGUCUCUGGCUGGAAAGCAAUGGGCUUCAGCGCAUUGAGAACCUGGAUGCCCAGACCGACCUGCGCUGCUUGUUCCUUCACCAGAACCUCAUAUACAAGCUGGAGAACCUUGAACAUUUGAAGCAACUCUGCACCUUGAAUGUCUCCAACAACUAUAUCAACAAAGUAGAGAACAUCUCCUGCCUUCCUCACCUGUCCACCCUGCAGAUUGCCCAUAACAAGUUGGAAACUGUGGUGGACAUAGAGCACCUCAGUCAGUGUUUGGCAAUCAGUGUGCUGGAUAUGUCUCACAACCAGUUAAAAGACCCCGAGAUCCUCCCUGUACUUGAGGCCAUGCCAGGGCUGCGAGUGUUGAAUCUAAUGGGCAAUGAGGUGUUGAGAAAAAUCCCAAACUACAGGAAGACUAUGAUUGUGAACCUCAAGCAGCUCACCUACCUCGACGAUCACCCUGUGUUUCCCAAAGACAGGGCAUGUGCGGAGGCAUGGGCAGCGGGAGGGCUGGAGGGGGAGCGCAGUGAAAGGGAACGAUGGGAAACAAGGGAGCGGAGGAAAAUUCAGGACAGCUUGGACGGCAUGGCAAUGAUUCGUAAAAGAGCUCAGGAGAGACUGCGUCUACAAGAGCCAAAGGAGAAAGGGGAUGCUGAGGUCCUCAACACUCCCUGUGAGGAAAACAACACCCAGAUUGUCACUUCAUCACAAGAGAAGAUCCAAGCCUUCGUGCAGGACAGCCUGGAUGCACAUGAAGAGUUCUUGCAGAGUCAAGAAGCACAGAAAUGCAAGCCACAAAGUGAACAUGCAGAGGCAGAGCAGCCAAGGGACGGGUUGCAGGGAGAGCAAUUAGAGAAAGGUGAUCAGACCGAAUUACAGAUGAAGCAGCCAGUGAGAGAAGAGAAAGAAGGACUGAAUCCAGAGAAGGCAGCAAAAGAGCAAGAGAGUAGUGCAGAGAAUAUGUUAGAGACUGAGAAAGUAGAAGAUUACAAAAAACGAAAUCAGUCACAUGUAAUUCAACUCCUGAUAAAAGAAGCAGAAAAAGAGCAGGUGAACAUGAGUGAGCUGCAUGAGACGAAACAGUCUCCACCGGUCAGGGCAGCUCCUCCUGAAGCAGAUGAGGUCGUACCCACAUAUGGUCCGGGACCGUUGGUGACAGAGCUGAGGGAUGUGGAGCAGCUGGAAACCAUCCACCUUCCACUGCAUCGCUCACUGCAUAUCGACGACCUGCCCGAUCUGGAGGAUGUGGACACAGACGACUUCACUGGAAUGUUUUUUUCGCAGCAGGUGUCCAAACCAAUGAUAGAGGUCAUAUCAGGAGGCAGCGAAGAGGAUGAGCCGACUGGAAACCAGAGUGAGAUCAUCUCCACCAGUCCAGCCGCAAGUUCAGUGUUCACCGAAGUCUCUAGCAUUUCUUCAUCACUGGUGUAUCCAGGGGAUCGCGAUGGAAUAUUUGAACCAGUGGAAAAGUCAAAGACAAACCAGAUUUCCACUUCACCACACUGCCUGAUUGAGGAGUUGGAAUGAUAGUUUUAAGUUUUAAAUACAUAAUCCCACAGGGAUUUCAUUAUCAUUUUCAGAAAGUACCUUACUCCCGGAAAAAUAAUUUAAAAAAUAUAUAAAAUGAGCGCUUGAAGCUAUUUUUGCAUGUUUGAUAAAUGUUUAUGCACUCUUAUCGAUUCUUGCACUUUUGGGUAAUAUCUUAAUGUUUGAAUGCACUUACUGUAUGUCGCUUUUGACAAAAGCAUCUGCUAAAUCGAAUGUAAAUGUAAUGUAAUUUUGUUUAUGUGGUUGUUUAUUGUAUAGCUGAAACAAAAAAAACUACUUGAUCUGGUCAGUUUUCUUUUAUAGAAGAAAUUGUAAUUAAAAAUAUCACUAAUGUUAAUAAACGACAAAACAAAGAACACCGGGCUAAUCUGA